AUGAGUAAUGCCAGCCAGAGAAUCAUUCCGCUCGAGGAGGGAUGGAAUGAUGAAAUCAAAGCGAAGGCAAUCGACAAGCUGGAAGCUUUAUUGAACGGAGGUUUGGACUCCGGUCAAGCAAGCAUGUUUGGGCCAAGAGAAUAUGUCCAAAUCUAUACAACUUGCUACGACAUGUGUACCCAGCGCUCCCCUUACAAUUGGUCCCGCGAGCUAUACGAUCGUCAUGGUCAAACCAUCGAGCGCUACCUGACUUCAAAUGUUCUUCCUGCUCUCCGUGAAAAGACAGGUCAAGGUGGUACAAUUUUACUCCGAGAACUCAAUCAUCGAUGGACGAAUCAUCAAAUUAUGAACAAAUGGCUGAAAAAAUUCUUUACCUAUCUUGAUCGGUACUACGUCAAGCAUCACAGCCUACCAACCCUGAGCCAAUCUGGUCUCCGCCGGUUCCAAACGCAUGUCUACGAUGAAAUGAAACAGGACACAACAACUGCGAUCUUGGGAUUGAUCAACGAAGAACGAGAGGGAAAGAUCAUAGACAAGAGCUUAAUCAAGAGCAUAGUCGAACUCUACGAAAGCAUGGGUAUGGGGACUCUGGAUGCAUACAACGCGGACUUGGAGGAGGCGCUACUCUCUGCAACCAGAGAAUAUUAUGCCAAAAAAAGAGAUUUCUGGAUCAAUGACUCCACACCAGAGUACCUCGUGAAGGCAGAAGAAGCUCUCAAUGAGGAGAGGAAUCGUGUCGCGGACUACCUCAACUCCUCUUCAGAAUCCAAGAUCCUCAAAGUCGUGGAAGAGGAAAUUCUAGAAAAGGUUGAAAUGGUCCUGCUAGAGAAGGAGACUUCUGGUUGUCGUGCGCUCUUACAGAAUGACAAGUCGGAGGAUUUGCAGCGAAUGUUCCGUCUUUUCUCCAGACUUGAAAAUGGAUUGAAUCCAAUGGCCUCAAUCGUGCAAAGUUUCAUUUCUACGAUGGGAGAUGAUAUCACCAACCGUCGACAAGCAAGAUUGGACGGGGGAGAAAAGGACAAGAACGAUGAUCCUCGCUUCGUAAAGGCACUAAUUGCUUUGCACGAAAAAUACCUAGGAGUUGUCAAGAAGGACUUCUCUGGCCAUUCGCUUUUCCAAAAGGCCCUCAAGGAUGCCUUCGUUGAAGUUGUAAACAAAAACGUCGGACAGUACACCAACGCGGAGCUAAUGUCGACAUUUUGCGACCGAAUCCUCAAAAGUGGUGGCGAGAAGCUGAGCGAAUCUGAAGUAGAAGAGACUUUGGAUCGCAUUGUUCAGAUUUUCUCGUACUUGACUGACAAGGACAUGUUUGCCGAAAUCUACCGCAAUCAAUUGGCCAAGCGCCUUCUAAACCAACGCUCGACUAGCAACGAUGCCGAAAAGCUAAUGAUUGCCAAAUUGAAGAUGCAGUGUGGAACACAAUUCACGUCGAAGAUGGAGGGUAUGCUCGCUGAUCUUGCUGUUGGAAGUGAGCAACGAACUGAAUUUGAACAGCGCAUGCGAAGUGUUGACACGAAACUUGAUUUCAGUGUUCAAGUGUUGACCACUGGGUUCUGGCCAUCAUACAAGAGUCCCCAAGUUUCUCUCACUCCCGAGAUGUCCAAGUGUAUGGGUGUUUUCAAAGAGUGGCACGACACGAAACAUCAAAAGCGAAAGCUCUCUUGGAUGUUUUCGCAGGGAAAUGCUUCGGUCAGAGGCACCUUUGGGAAGAAGUCAUAUGAUCUACAAGUGUCGACUCUGCAGGCCAUUGCCUUGAAUGCGUUGAAUGACGGUAUCACUCUCACCUUUGAAGAAUUUUCCAGAAAGCUCAACCUUGAUCACGCCAUCAUGAAGCCUCUCAUGCACUCACUUUCUUGUGGAAAAUACAAGGUUGUCAGAAAGACUCCUCCAGGUAACAAGAUCAACGCCUCUGACAAGUUUGCUGCAAACGCCAAAUUCACUUGUAAUAUGCGGAAGAUCCGCAUUCCCAUGGCAUCUUUGGACUCGUCAUUCAACACUAAACGCGUUGAAGAAGAUCGUUCGAUUGCUAUCGAGGCUGCAAUUGUGAGAAUCAUGAAAGCGAGAAAAACACUACAGCAUCAACAGCUGUUGUCUGAAGUUUUGGCUCAACUUGCGUUCUUCAACCCGAAUCCUCGCGUCAUCAAAAAGCGCAUCGAAGCUUUGAUUGAUCGCGAGUAUCUUGAGAGAAGCGCCGAUAAUCCACAUGUAUACAACUAUCUGGCAUAA